AUGAGGUUGGCGCAGGAUUACAGAAUGUUGUUCCGAUUUUUUCCAGUUGUUUUGUUAGGUCUUUCGGGAAGCCCAGCUUGGACUCAGGCAAAGCCUCUUGAUUCAGAUUCCUCGGUUGCCUACGCCACCUACAUCAACUUCGCUGAACAGGACAUCUUGAACAACGACGAUGGUCUUCCCACUCAUCCUCUACUCCCCGACUAUGGAAAGGCUACUUAUCCCAUUACCACCGACGGAAAUGGGCGACAGCAGGUCGAGGCCCACCUGAGCUACUGGGAAGGAAAAUACUGGAUGUAUGCUGCCACUUGGGGCUGUGGAGGUUCACUCUUUAGCUACGGCCGAGUGACUGGUAUUAACUGGCCGGCUAUUCCUACUUACCCACAAGGAGACUAUGGCGAGGACGGUAAUUGCGGCAUCAAGUCCUACACAUCGUCUGAUCUUGUCAGCUGGGAGCUGGUCGACUUCUACCAACCAGCUGCUGAUGUUGCAAACGUGACGAAGCCUCUCGUCAGAUACAGCAAAGCAACUGGGAAUUACGUCCUAUUUAUGGGUGGAAACGAUCAGUCCAACUUUUACUACGCGACUUCCAAGUCACCUGGCGGCCCAUGGAGUAACCCGCCGUCUUUGAUGACAGGAGAGCAUCUUACUCACGACUUCGACAUCGCUGUUGGCCCCGACGGCGAGCAUCACAUCCUCACUGACACCUGGGCUAGUGUCUUGGAGGUUCAAGCACCAGGGCACUCUGUUCCAGUGUGGGAUAUUUACGUACAGAAGCUCGCACCAAACUUGACUUCAACAGUUGGGACCAACACAUCUAAACUGAUACGAUCGGCCAAAGACCUUCUCAAACAAGGUCUCAACUUCGAGGCGUGUGGCUUCUUUUAUCAUGACUCAUACUGGUAUCAGACCUACUCAUACACCUGCCAGAACUGUCCCGGAUACAUAGACUACCUCUAUGCCAAGGAUCCUUUAGGGCCAUAUACGGAUGGUGGCUAUGUCAGUCUCGACGGCUGCGGUGGUCAGAACAAAGGUGCCAAUGUGCUCCCCAGUGCCAAAGGUCCCAUAGUUCUAGCUGGGAACCUUGCCUACAGGACGGGCCCGACCAACCACGUACUCAAUGGCGAAAUCUGGCAUGCGGAUAAUCACCAAGCGGCAUCCAGUACUUCCUUCUUUCCCAUUGAAUUCAACGAUGACCACACGAUCAAAAACUUCACAUGUCCAGCUACUGUCAAGAUCCCGCUGGUGAAAAACAUCACCUCUUCUCCCGAACCACCUGUCCCUUAUCAACUCGACUGCCGUAUCCGCAACUGGCAGACUACAGUACAACACUUCUCGCCACCGAAGCAACUUUCAACUCUGGAGUUUCCCGUUUGGCAAAGAACAGAUAACCUAGGACCAACGACCAAUGCCGGCCCGGUACUCGAUGGUGUUUUGAACGUCACUGUGAACUUUCUUGACAAGUCAACUGAGACUUUUUCCUGGGUUCCGAGUAAUAUCUCUUGGGCGCCUACUAAGAUUUCUAUGGAUCUAAAUGGCAAGAUGCUAGCUUCUAUUGAGCUGAGUACAAAUGCCACGAAUGGGUGUUAUGGAACACUUGCUCAGCCGUUCGCUGAUUGUGGAGUUCAGUAUGGGGUCAUUAUGAAGGGCAAAUUGAAGAUUUCUGAAAAGGCACAAAUGUAUAUCCAUCAAUUCUAG